AUGAUUACUAAAGCGGACAAAGGGCAAGUCACUGUGGUUAUGAACAGAUUAAUUUAUCUUGAACAAAUGAACAAUAUACUUAGUGACCAAACUACUUACCGGAAAUUGACGAAAGAUCCUACUAAAAAAUUAACCACGAGAGUAAAUGAACUGGUUAAGUCUUGCGAUUCCAUCCCUAAACCUGGAUCUCACAUAUGCGAUAGUUGGACCUUUGUUGAUGGUAUUAGGAACCGGUGCAUUGAACCUAACGAAACAAUGGUUUCAUUAGAUGUUACUUCCUUAUUUACCAACAUUCCGAAGGAGCUAGUGAUCACAGCUAUAACUAAAAGAUGGCACUUUAUCAGCGGGUCCACUAAACUAAAUCUCAAUCAAUUUUUAUAUACCAUUGACUUAGUUCUGGGUUCCACGAGUUUCAGGUGUGAUGGAAAUUUUUACGAACAAAUGUUUGGUAGCCCCAUGGGCUCCCCUUUGUCUCCAGUAUUAGCUGACAUUGUUCUUGACGAUUUAGAAACUGAAUAUAUUAGAAAGCUAGACUUUAAGAUAACAACCUUUUACAGACAUAUUAACCGACGUCUUAAGAAAAUCAAAUAUCGUGACAAAUCUAUUGAUAAUGACUUAACACGCAAUAAAAACUUUAUAACUAUCCCGUACAUCAAAGGUUUAUGUGAGGGUAUAGGACGUGUUCUGAAGCGGAGAAAUAUUGAUUUCGCUUAUACGGUUCACAAAAGACUCAAUUGUCUCAUUAAACUUGGUAAAGAUAGGUUAAUUAAUGAUCAGCAUAUGGGUGUUGUAUACAAAAUUGAAUGCGAGAACUGCGAAGCUUGUUAUAUCGGGCAGACCAAACGUCAUUUGGAGACGCGUGUGAAGGAGCAUAGGUCGGAUAUUUCGAAGGACGAUAAUUGCCGGUCGGUUGUCAGUAAGCAUCGAGCUCUUAAAGAUCAUAAUUUUGAUUGGUGCAAUACCAAAAUUUUACAUCACGAAAACCAUAGGAGGAAGCGAGAAAUCGCGGAGAUGGUUUUUAUCAAAAAGCACUCUAACUCGAUAAACAUGCAGAAGGAUAUGGAAGAUUUGCCGGCUGCUUAUGUCUCUAUUUUGUAA